CCCGUGAGACAGUAAAAACUGCCAACAUGUUGACCAAUUUCGAGUCAAAGUCGGCUCGGGUGAAGGGGCUCUCGUUUCACCCGAAACGUCCCUGGAUUCUGACCAGUUUGCACAGCGGCGUCAUCCAGCUGUGGGACUACCGCAUGCACACGCUCCUGGAGAAGUUCGACGAGCACGACGGGCCCGUGCGCAGCGUGGCAUUCCACCAGCAGAUGCCCCUCUUCGUCUCUGGCGGCGAUGACUACAAGAUCAAGGUGUGGAACUACAAGCAGCGUCGCUGCAUUUUCACUCUGCUGGCGCAUUUGGACUACGUGCGCACUGUGGCCUUCCACCAUGAGUAUCCGUGGAUCCUCAGCGCCUCCGAUGAUCAGACCAUUCGCAUCUGGAACUGGCAGUCACGCAACUGCAUCUGCGUGCUAACUGGCCACAACCAUUACGUUAUGUGUGCCCAGUUCCAUCCCACAGAGGAUCAGAUUGUCUCCGCCUCGCUGGAUCAGACGGUGCGCGUCUGGGACAUUUCGGGCUUGCGCAAGAAGAAUGUGGCUCCCGGUCCCGGGGGACUAGAUGAUCAUAUGAAGGGCAAUCCCGGAGCCACCGAUCUGUUUGGCCAGGCCGAUGCUGUGGUCAAGCAUGUGCUCGAGGGGCACGAUCGCGGCGUCAAUUGGGCCAGUUUCCAUCCCACUCUGCCGCUGAUUGUCUCAGGCGCUGACGAUCGUCUGGUGAAGCUCUGGCGCAUGAACGAGUACAAGGCCUGGGAGGUGGACACUUGCCGUGGCCACUACAACAACGUGUCCAGCGUGCUGUUCCAUCCCCGACAGGAUUUGAUCAUCUCGAACGGCGAGGAUCGCAGCAUUCGCGUCUGGGACAUGACCAAGCGUCAGUGUCUCUUCACAUUCCGGCGGGACAACGAGCGCUUUUGGAUACUGACAGCGCAUCCCACACUCAAUCUGUUUGCAGCCGGACACGAUGGCGGCAUGGUUGUCUUCAAGCUGGAACGCGAGCGUCCCGCCUAUGCUGUGCAUGGCAAUAUGCUGUACUAUGUGAAGGAUCGCUACCUGCGGAAGCUGGACUUUACCACCACCAAGGACGCUGUAGUGAUGCAGCUGCGUCCGGGCAAGUCGCCUGUGUACAGCAUGUCCUACAACCCAGCCCUGAAUGCGGUGCUCAUCUGCACGCGCACCAACAACCUGGAGAACAGCACCUAUGACCUGUGCCAGAUACCCAAGGACACAGAGAGCCAGAACGAGUCCGACAGCAAGCGCAGCUCGGGCAUCACCGCCAUUUGGGUGGCACGCAAUCGCUUCGCCGUGCUGGAUCGCAACCAGCAGCUGGUCAUUAAGAACUUCAAGAACGAGGUGACCAAGAAGAUUCCCACAUUCUGCGAGGAGAUCUUCUACGCCGGCACGGGCAUGCUGCUCAUUCGGGAUCCCGAAAUGGUCACCCUCUACGAGGUGCAGCGCCUCGUCUCCGUUGGCAGCAUCAAGCUGGCCAAGUGCCGCUACGUCGUCUGGUCGCCAGACAUGUCGCUGGUGGCUCUCCUCUGCAAGCACUCGGUCACCAUCUGCGACCGCCGGCUGCAGUAUCUCUGCACCGUGCAGGAGAACUGCCGCGUCAAGUCGGGUGCGUGGGACGAGUCCGGCGUGUUCAUCUACACCACGAGCAACCACAUCAAGUAUGCAAUUACCAAUGGGGAUCACGGCAUCAUUCGCACCCUCGAUCUGCCCAUCUAUCUGACGCGCGUCAAGGGCAAUCAAGUGUUCUGCUUGGAUCGCGAGUGCCGCACCCGCGUCCUCACCAUCGAUCCCACGGAGUACAAGUUCAAGCUGGCGCUCAUUCAGCGCAAAUACGAUGAGGUUCUGCACAUGGUGCGCAAUGCUCGACUUGUGGGACAAAGCAUCAUUGCCUACCUGCAGCAGAAGGGCUACCCGGAGGUGGCGCUGCACUUUGUCAAGGACGAGAAGACACGCUUUGGCUUGGCCCUGGAGUGCGGCAACAUUGAGAUUGCCCUGGAGGCAGCCAAGGCCCUGGACGACAAGGAUUGCUGGAAUCGUCUCGGGCAGAGUGCGCUGCUGCAGGGCAACCACCAGGUGGUGGAGAUGUGCUAUCAGCGCACCAAGAACUUUGACAAGCUCAGCUUCCUUUACCUGAUCACCGGCAAUCUGGAGAAGCUCAAGAAGAUGAUCAAGAUCGCGGAGAUCCGCAAGGAUGUCUCGGCACAGUACCAGGGCGCCCUGGUUCUCGGGGAUUUCAAGGAGCGUGUGAACAUCCUGAAGAACUGUGGCCUCACCUCCAUGGCCUAUCUGACGGCAGCCACCCAUGGGCUCGACGAGUUGUCCGAGUCGCUGGCCGAGACCAUCACCGCACAGGGCGACACGCUGCCAGAGGUUAAUCCGAAUGCAAUGCUGCUGAAGCCGCCUGUGCCCAUCCAGCAGCUGGAGACCAACUGGCCGCUGUUGUCCGUGUCCAAGGGCUUCUUCGAGGGCGCCAUGGUGACGCGCGCGGGCAACAGCGCCACCGCCCGACAGGCACUCAACCUCAAUGCCGAUGCAGCGGUGCUGGAGGAGCACAACGGUGGCGGCGAUGGCUGGGGCGCAGAUGCCGAUCUGGGACUGGACGAUGACGGCGACGAUGAGAUGCACGAUGCGCUCAGCAGUGAUGAGCAGCCCGGAGGUGCUGGCGGUGAGGAUGGUGCCGGCUGGGAUGUGGGCGAUGACGAUCUGGUUGUGCCCGAGGAGCUGGCCUCCAAGAUCAAGGCCUCGGCGCUGGACAGCAACUACUAUGCGGCCCCCAAUAAGGGAUUGUCCCCGGCUCAGCAGUGGGCCAACAAUUCGCCGCUCGUUCUGGAUCACGUCAAGGCUGGCGCUUUCGAGAGCGCCUUCCGGCUGCUCAACGACCAGCUAGGCGUGGUCAACUUCAAGCCCUUUAAGACUCUCUUCCUGCAGAACUACGCCUGCUCGCGCACCAGCUACACGGCCAAUCCCAAUCUUCAGUCCCUGUGCGGCUAUCCGCUGCGCAACUUCUCCGAGACGAACGCGAAGCUGCAGCGCCCGGCAAUGGGCAUCAAGCUAAAUGAUCUGGUGUCCCGCCUGCAGGCUGGCUAUCAAAUGACAACCUCCGGCAAGUUCACGGAGGCCAUCGAGAAGUUCCAUUCCAUUUUGAUCAGUAUUCCGCUGCUGGUGGUGGAGACCAAGCUGGACACGGCCGAGGCCCAACAGCUGCUGAAGAUCUGCUCCGAGUACAUUGUCGGCUUGAAGAUGGAAACUGUGCGCAAGGGCAUGCCGAAAUCAACGCUCGAGGAGCAGAAGCGCCUCUGCGAGAUGGCCGCCUACUUCACCCACUGCAAGCUGCAGCCGGUGCACCAGAUCCUCACCCUGCGCACCGCUCUCAAUAUGUACUUCAAGCUGAAGAACUACAAGACGGCCGCCUCGUUCGCCCGUCGACUGCUCGAGCUGGCACCCCGUCCGGAUGUGGCCCAGCAGGUGCGCAAGAUACUGCAGGCAUGCGAAAUAAAUCCCGUGGACGAGCAUCAGCUGCAGUACGAGGAGUUCAAUCCAUUCAACAUAUGCGGCAUCAGCUGGAAGCCGCUGUAUCGCGGCAAACCCGAGGUGACCUGCCCCUUCUGCGGCUCCUCAUACGAUCCUCAAUACAAGGGCAAUCUCUGCAACGUGUGCGAGGUCAGUCAGAUUGGCAAGGACAGCAUUGGACUGCGCAUAUCCAAUCUGCAGUUCCGCUAGGGAGCAAUAGAGCGAGCUUUGAUUUGUGCUUUCCCCCUACGCCUAGCGAGACCCCACUUCUAUCCCACUUACAUGCCCGUUUAAUAAUCCUCUUAGCUCUUAGUUUUACACGAUACACGCAUAUGCCUAUUAUAAAGUGUCAUUAAUUGUAUAUUAAUAAUGGUAUUCAAAACAAAA